CAGUAUGGGUUUGUAAAUCACGCUUUAGAACUAUUGGUGUUAAGAAACUUUGGUGAAGAAACAUGGGAAAAGAUCAAGAAAGAAGCUUUAUUGGAGAUGGAUGGCAGUUUUCUGGUCAGGUCUAUUUAUGAUGAUGAUGUAUCCUAUAAUCUGGUUGGUGCUGCUUCUAAAGUUCUUAACACACCAGCUGGUGACAUCUUGGAAAUGUUCGGGGUCAUGUUCUUCCAAUUUUGUGAAGAGUCUGGUUAUGAUAAGAUUUUAAAGGUACUUGGUGGAACAACCAAAGAUUUUCUCCAAAAUUUGGAUGCACUACAUGAUCAUCUGGCUACUAUUUAUCCUGGUAUGAAUGCCCCAUCGUUCAGGUGUUCUGAGAGAGACUCAGAUGGUGCGACUAUCCUUCACUAUUACUCUGAACGUCCUGGUCUGGAACGAAUUGUCAUUGGUAUUGUAAAAACUGUGGCCAAGAGGCUACAUGACUCGGAGGUAGAGCUUGAGCUGAUUCAAGACAAAGAGGAUUGUGGCCAUGUUCAGUUCAUCAUUCACGAAAAGUCCACAGCCAAAAAUGCCAUUGAUACCAAGAAUGAAUGCUUCGAACACAUGUUAUCAGUUGAGCCAAAGAUCAGUCCAUCUUCCUUUUGCCGCCUGUUUCCCUUCCAUAUCAUGUUCGAUGAAAACUUGAUCAUUCGACAAGCUGGCAACUCUUUCAUAAGAGUUCUUCCCAAUACCAUCGACAACAAGAAGAUAACGGAUCUAUUUGAAAUGAUACGACCUCAAAUGGACUUUAACUUCGACAAUAUCUUAUCCCAUAUUAAUACUAUUUAUGUUUUGAGGACCAAAGUCAAUGUUGUGGAUUUAGAUGCUUUAGAAGGUGACACACUCCCUACGCAAGACACGUCCAAGAUGCGUCUCAAGGGCCAGAUGAUCUAUGUGAAGGAGGCUGGGUGUAUGUUGUUCCUGUGUUCUCCCAGCGUCAUCAAUCUGGACGAUCUAUGUAGACGGGGACUGUACCUCAGCGAUAUACCUCUUCAUGAUGCAACUCGAGAUCUAGUUCUGUUGUCUGAACAGUUUGAGGCCGAAUACAAGCUUACCCAAAAACUAGAGAUCCUUACUGACAAACUGAAACAAACUCAUCGAGAACUGGCUACAGAAAAGGCUAAAACAGAUAGAUUAAUGUAUUCCAUUUUACCACCGUCAGUAGCAAACAAACUACGACAUCAACAGCCAGUGGUAGCUGAGAAACACAAUAAUGUUACCUUAAUGUUCAGUGGUAUAUUGGGCUUCAAUGAAUUCUGUGCUAAAAACUCAGAAGGUCUUGGUGCAAUGCGGAUUGUUCACAUGCUCAAUACAGUUUAUAGUAAAUUUGAUGUCUUAAUUGACCCUGCAACAAAUCCAAAUAUCUACAAGGUAGAAACAGUAGGUGAUAAAUAUAUGGCUGCCAGUGGUCUACCAGAACCUUGUGAUGACCAUGCUCGAUGUAUCGCAUUAUUAGCUCUGAAUAUGAUGGAUAUUUCUAGAAGUUUAAAGGAUCCUGAUGGAAACCAAAUUGUGAUCACUAUUGGUAUCCAUUCUGGACCAGUAGUUACUGGAGUCAUUGGUAAAAAGAUGCCACGAUAUUGUUUAUUUGGUAAUACUGUUAAUAUAACGAGUCGUACAGAAACCACUGGUGUAAAGGGAAAGAUCAACGUUUCUGAAACUGCUUUUGGUUUUCUAAACAAGACAGUAUGCCACGACCCAAGAUUUCUGUUUGAAUAUCGUGGUGAAAUUCCCAUGAAAGGUCGACCUCAACCAAUGAAAUGCUGGUAUCUUAGCUGGAAAGCAGAAGAAGAAACAUCUGAUUUUACGAAAGGCUGUUUCAGGAGGACCACCGCUACCUGUGACCUUUGA